AUGGUGGCUAGAGAGAGAGAAUUCAUCAAAAGUAGACCGCAGUGGGCAGUACAUCAGUUGGCAGACCUGAGCUUUAUAGCGGACGGAGGCUGUCAUGUGGUGUACUUUCAUUGUAUGGGAUAGCCAGUCAGCUGAUGAAAAAUGGUGAAACAGAUUCAAGAGCACAUCUAUUUGAAAACAUUCUUUUUCUUACCAGCAUGAAAAAGAAUUUUAAUUGUUUUAAAAAUAAGUUUAUAUCAUUCCUUAUUAUUUUCUUUGUUUUAAAACAUUCCUCUCUGUUCUUAAUAAAAAACGAAUUAUGUGAUACCUAAAUUUAUCACCCAAAUUUAGCAAUAAUUUUACACACACAUAUAUAUAUAUAUAUAUAUAUGUAUAUAAAACAUGUAGAUGUAUACAGUCAACUCCCGAUUAUCUAUCCUUGGAAGUAUGUAUGGUGAUUGUCACGGAUAACCAAAAUUCACAGGUAAUCCACAUCUAAAUUAAAAGUUGUAGAAAUUCUAAAAAACAAGUUAUUUUACAACUUAUAAAGUAAUUAAAUCUAUUAGACAACUUGCAAUAGAUUGUUUAAAUUGAAUAUGUAAUAGUACAUAAAAAAUAAAAAAACUGAUUUCAGUUUUUGAAAAUCAUAAGUCACUUGUUUUCAUUUUCAGGUUAGAAAUCACUUUCUUUUAUUUAAGAUUGGAUUUAGCAUCAAUUAGGUUUAUCAACUAGUAAUUUGCCAUCUUACUCUAAAUAAUAAUGAAAUAUAUGUGUCCAAUACCACUUCAUGAUUUAUUUGUUGUGUUGUAUUUGUCCUACUCUUCUCCGAAUUCUUUAUCAAAUUUUUCUGUGUCAUUUACUUUAUUGAUAAUUUGCUGUUCAGUGAAGUGCUCAAAACCAGGAUCUUUAGCAUCAUAAUUCAUCCAAUGAAUAAUGUUGUUAGUCAAUAAUUUUUUUACUUUUUUUUACAAGAUUGACGUUAAUCUCAAUUAACUUCAAGAAACAUUUUAAACUUAACCCUUGGUGCAUGACUGUUUUCGCUCAUGGUUUCUGCCUAUAUAAGGGCAUAAAAAAUUAUAUAAGGGUAUUUUUUUUUUUAAUUUAUAUCACUACGGGGAAUGGAGGAGGGAGGUGAUCAGGAGUUGAUUGUGUGUAUAUAUAUUUAUAAUUUUUCCUUUCUUUAGAUUGAUUAUCUGAGAGAUAUUUUUGUUAACUGUUUACAGUUGGAUAUUAUGUUUUUACUUUUACUUUUUUUGUGAUAAACAUAUGUGAAACCAUUUGUAUCUGUACUUUUUAAAUUAAAUAAUUACUUCAUCUUACUUUUUCAAUAUUAACUAUGAACUCUGAUUUUAUAUAUUGUGUAUAAAACUUAUAUAGUUUAGCCAAAUUAUGUCAAUUCCAAUCAUUUUUUAUAACUCAAGACGAAUUCAUUUUGUAUAUUGUAUUGUAUAUAUGGAAAAAAUUUAAAAUUAUGAAAAAAAAUUAUUGAAAAAUAAAGAAAUAAAAAAAUAAAAUAAAAGUUAUUGA